CUAACCAUAGACUGUAUAGCUAACCAACAAUCAGCUAGUGGCCCUCCACUACUUUUUGACAACAAGGACUCUGUCGACAAUGUUCUCAUCUUGACUAUUGGCCCCAAAACUGACAAUACUUACUAUAAGACUUUGUAUUCUUUGAAGUAAUACGCCAUGGAGUCGUCUGCGCCCAAAAGCAAGCUGAAAAAGCUGAGCGAGGACAGUUUGACCAAACAACCAGAGGAAGUGUUUGAUGUUUUAGAGAAACUCGGUGAAGGUUCCUAUGGCAGCGUGUUCAAAGCCAUCCAUAAGGAGUCAGGCCAGGUGGUGGCCAUCAAGCAGGUUCCUGUGGAGUCUGAUCUGCAGGAGAUCAUCAAAGAGAUUUCCAUCAUGCAGCAGUGUGACAGCCCUUACGUAGUGAAAUACUAUGGCAGCUACUUCAAGAACACAGAUCUUUGGAUUGUGAUGGAGUACUGUGGUGCCGGCUCUGUCUCUGACAUCAUCAGACUGCGCAACAAGACGUUGACUGAGGAAGAGAUUGCCACUAUCCUGAAGUCGACACUGAAGGGUCUUGAAUACCUUCACUUCAUGAGGAAGAUCCAUCGGGAUAUUAAGGCAGGAAACAUCCUCCUCAACACUGAGGGACAUGCCAAACUGGCAGACUUUGGAGUUGCUGGACAACUAACGGACACAAUGGCAAAGAGAAACACUGUAAUUGGUACUCCAUUCUGGAUGGCCCCAGAGGUGAUUCAGGAGAUCGGCUACAACUGUGUGGCUGACAUCUGGUCCCUGGGCAUCACGUCCAUAGAGAUGGCAGAGGGCAAACCUCCCUAUGCUGACAUCCAUCCCAUGAGAGCAAUCUUCAUGAUCCCCACCAAUCCUCCUCCCACAUUCAGGAAGCCGGAGCUUUGGUCAGAUGACUUUACAGACUUUGUCAAGAAGUGUCUGGUCAAGAAUCCAGAGCAGAGAGCAACCGCCACGCAGCUCCUACAGCACCCAUUUAUCAGCCAGGCCAAGCCGGUCACAAUCCUUCGAGACUUGAUUACUGAAGCCAUGGAGAUGAAGGCCAAGAGGCAGCAGGAGCAGCAGAGAGAGCUGGAGGAGGAGGAUGACAACUCUGAGGAGGAGACAGAGGUGGACUCUCACACUAUGGUGAAGUCUGGCUCUGAGGGUGCAGGAACCAUGCGGGCCACCAGCACAAUGAGUGAUGGAGCACAGACCAUGAUUGAACACGGCAGCACCAUGCUAGAGUCUGACCUGGGCACAAUGGUCAUCAACAGUGAUGAUGAUGACGAGGAGGAGGAAGAUCAGGGAUCAAUGAGGAGGCACGCCACCCCCCAGCAGCCAAUACGUCCAUCCUUCAUGGACUAUUUUGACAAGCAGGACUCCAACAAGGCAGCCCAGCAACAGGAGAAUUACAACCAUAACCAGCCGCAGGAGCAGCCCGGCUACCACAUCCAGUCCAAGAAUGUCUUCCCUGACAACUGGAAGGUGCCUCAGGAUGGAGACUUCGACUUUCUGAAGAACCUGGACUUUGAGGAGCUGCAGCUGCGCCUGACUGCGUUGGAUCCCAUGAUGGAGCGGGAGAUUGAGGAGCUCAGGCAGCGCUACACUGCCAAGAGACAGCCCAUCCUGGAUGCCAUGGAUGCCAAGAAGAGACGACAACAGAACUUCUGAGUGUCCCUUCCUCUAGUCUCGGUUUACCAAAGUCACCAUCACCACAAAACUUAAGUCCCAUUGACUCAGAGGAACUAAGAUGACCUUAUUGUCUUUGUUGAAAACCCACUGACUCUGACUUCUGACUCCCAACUGCCUCUAAAUGAAGUUGGAUGCUUGUGCAUCCAUUUUGGCUCCUGGAAUCUACACUUAUCUGCCUUGUUUCUACACUAUGUCUAGAUGCUGUUACUCCAAAAUAUUUGUUUCUAUGGAUCCUAUAAAGUUGCCCUCCCGCGAAUAAUACUCAGGACUGCGGCCGAAGAGAAAACGCUUGAUGCAAGACUCUACUUC